AUGGGCUCCUCUACUCGAUACCGCUAUGAAAUGCGAGACUCGAACGCUCGUGACUCCAAAACUCUCGUCGAACUGAUCCAUCUUUGUGACGUUGACACCUCCCAAUUUGAUGCUAUCAAGGAAGCUGCAGAAACGGCGAUUAUCCACAAUGAGCAUUCUGGGUAUAAUUGUCAGGAUUAUGUUCUUGAACUCUUAGAUGCUUUGGAGGAUCGGGGUUGUAUCGACGGUAAUGAUACAGCUUAUCAGGAACGGAAGGAAACUGUCAAAGCUAAACAGGAAGGGUUGAUUUCCAACUACUUUCGCUCCUUAGCUUAUCCUAAACAAGACAAUUUAUAUCAUUUCUCGCACAAUUCUAAUGCGGAAACCCAAGAUAGUUACUGA